AUGGAAAGUGGCGCAGGCGCCUUCUGGUGGAGCAGAAACAGCAAUGGUCAGGCCAAGAACAAAACGUGCUUCAGUCCUUCGUUCGCCGAACGCGGCUUAACAUCAUGUGCACCGAAGAUGGUCGAUGGACACGUUUCGAUUUGCGCCUCUGGGUCAUCGUCAGUGAAUAAUAGAAGUGUUGAUAGACGUUACGACUAUAACAUGGACGAAUCCCAUAAUACUUUCGCCUGGGGCGAAUUGCUCCCAGCUCUAAUUGUCUAUGGGACGACACUAGUUUUGGGAUUAGUGGGGAAUUCCCUAAUUGUCUACGCCACUUGCAGAUACAGACGAAUGCGAAGUGGUACAAAUGUAUUUUUGGCAAGUCUAGCUUCCGCUGAUUUGUUGCUGAUUGUCAUUUGCAUUCCCGUAAAAAUUGCAAAACUAUUUUCCUACACGUGGGCUCUGGGUUUAUUUUUAUGCAAAUCGGUGCAUUAUAUGCAGAAUGUUUCUGCAAUUUGCUCAGUACUCACUUUGACUGCAAUGAGCAUAGAAAGAUAUUACGCCAUCGUCCACCCCAUGAAAGCCCGAUACAUUUGCACAGUAAGUCAAGCCAGAAGAAUAAUUGCAGGCAUAUGGUUAGCAUCACUUUUGCUAGCCAUACCAAUACUUUUUGCACAGGUGCAAAUGCAAGUGGGCGAGAAAUUCAAGGCGUACUGGUGCGUCCGCGAUUGGGACAACGUUACUCUAUGGAGAGCCUACGAGAUCUACAUGCUAGUCCUCGUCCUCCUGGCUCCGACGGCUGCGAUGUCCCUAUGCUACGCCGCUAUCUGUUGCGAAAUCUGGAAAGUGACCGAGCGAAGACACCGGAUGACCGGAGGCCGCCAGAUGGACCCCCGAAUUCAAUCCUCGGCGGGGCGACCCAUAGGCGGCGAAAUAACAUCCUGCGGGAAAGUAAAUUAUCAGGAAGAAGAUUCAGGACUUUUGAAACAAGAUGAUAAAAAUGAUGGUGAUAAAAAGGAUGAUUCCAAUAAGUCCAACAACAAUUCCGGCAAUGAUCAGUCUGAAGAUGUCGGUGCCAGCAAGGAUGUUUCUCCCAAUGAGAACGCAAAUAGUUUUAAUAGCAAGUCGUAUAAUUUAGUCUGUGAUAACGGGGAAGUUACUUCUGCAGCAGGGUUUUAUAAUAAUUGUACCGACAAUUCGGUAGCGGAUGAUAGUUUAGUGGAAAAUGGAUUGGGGGAUCCUAAGAACUAUAUUGUUAUGCAAAAAUUACACAAAGGUAAAGUGAAGAGGCGCCGAAUCGGUCCCAGGACCUCCAGCUCCGAACAGAAGAUGGUCAGACAGGUGAUACACAUGCUGUCGGUGGUUGUUACCCUUUUCGCGGUCUGCUGGUCUCCGUUGCUGGUGGACAAUGUUAUGACCUCUUUUGGCCUUGGAUCUCCGGUCAGACAGGGACCCAACAAGCACUGGCACACCGCGUUCCAUCUCAUGGCCUAUUUCAACAGCUGUAUAAAUCCGAUUGUCUACGGGUUUAUGUCAAAAAGCUUUCGAGACAGUUUUGCUUUGACUUUGUGCUGCAGCUCAAAAGGCGCAAAAGGAGUAAGAAGAGAUAAAAGCAGAAAUUGGAGCAGUAAGAGCAGCAAAAAGCAGCGCGAUAGAACACUCAUUAGAGAAUUUGAUUUGGAAUGCUCGAUGAUGAAAAGGGACAACGAUAGCAAACGCGAGCGCGAGAGCCGCGCGAGGGCGAGACAGCAGAUUCGCAGAAAUAGAUCGGUCAGUCAGACAAGGACGACCAGCCUGAGGUGGACGUGAGAAAAACUCAAUUUUGUCAAUUGUGAAUCGUGACAUAUCAAAAGGCGAAAUGAACACACGACUAUGUAUAAACUGAGAUAUUAAUUUUGUUUAUUUUUAAUAUUGAGACUUGAG